ACAUCUCCAGUGUGUGCAUUAAUGUGCAUACACAUGUACACUGUUAAAUGAGUGAGCCUGCAGAGAGGUGGGGGGAAGGGGAGGAAACAGGAAGGGAGAAAAAAGGGAGGUGGGGAGGGCAGAGAGGCAGCAGCCGUGAGUGAAUGUGUGUGUGAGAGAGAACGAGAGAGAGAGACGGUAAGAGAGAACAUGGGAGGCAGCAUCACCCACCCAGACUGGGAGGAGGGGAGGGGAGGACAGACAGCGUGCCCGUCCCUCUAACAGACAGAGGUGAAAAGGAAAGUGGGAAUGAGAGACAGACGUGAGGGGGAGAAGAGGAGCACAAUGAAGGAGUGCCAUUGUCCAUCCUGGCAACACUGCCAUUUCACCAUCUGCUGAGAGAGAGAGAGAGGGAGGAGAGAGAGAGAGAGGAGGGAAGUAUAAAGAAGAGCCAAACGGAGGAGAGGAAUAGAUGGAGAGGAGCUGCCGGCAGUGACUUUGUGAAUUAAUCGAGCGGAAGAGCGGAUCAGAGGAGAAGCACGUUUUUCAGGGAGUGGACGGACGGAAAGCCAGAAAGAGGAAGGAGAGGACGGAUGAGCGGACAGUCUGAGGCUGUUUAAACAUUAAUGUGGUUCUCAUGUGAAUACGAAACCCAGCUUUAGAUGAAUCACCAUGGAUUAUCAACUGUAUGCUUUUUAAAACCAAAAAAAAGGCACUAGUUAUGCUUUGCCAUUCAUUAAAAAAGAACUCUUAGGGAAAUUGAUUAGACUCACUUUCUACACAACUAUUUGAAAUACUUUUUUUGUUGUAAAUAUAGACUCUCUUUGUGACUUCUGAUUUUCUAUUCUCUAUGAGCAUACUCUGCAGGAUGUUAUACAAUCUUUGUUAGCUGCUGCACAUAAUAUUCAGGUUUUUAUGCAAGUUUUUCUAAACAUCAGUGUUGUCUUUUAGAAGUGAACAGUUAGUGUAGUUGUUGUUGUUUAUACUGUUAUUAAUAGGAAAGUGAUUCUUUAGUAUAUCAGAAGUACAGUUUAACAUGCCCCAGUUGGGGUCAGUGCAUGCAGCCGACAUGGGAUGUCAACAUUGAUCUGGUUUUAUGGCUGGCGCGAUGCCGGUCAAACUUUGAUCGUUUCCUGAAACCUAUUGAUCUUUCUAGGAGUCUUUAGUUUUUCCUCCUGUUGGCUGAGAAAAAAAAAAAAAAAAAAAGCUCUAACGUGGCGCCUUUUGAUGCAGCGACUAAUUGCUGUCAUGGGCUUUGACAAAAGCAGUUAUCUCUUUGUCUGAAUAUUUCUGCGGUUGUCGGGACUUCUCUGUGUGUGUAUCCUCCGCAGGCAUCUCUUUUUAAUGUCUGUUGCCAUAGCAACGGGCAGCAGCUUCAGACAGAGUGAGAUGUAAAGUUCUUUUUUUCUUGUCUUCUCUUUUAAAACCGGUGCUGUUUCACUAGGUCACUGUAUAUAUUUAGUAGAUAAGAAGCUGUAGACCUUGAUAAGUCUGGGGUUGUGUGCUGUUUUUAACACUUUUUCUCUCUUUACUAGACAGUCUUUGUCUAUGCCGAGCUCGGCAGACUCCCAGAAUCAGGGUUGUUUCAGGUCACCUGUCUCCCCCUCCCCAUUCUGUAUAGUCUUGUGCGAGUCGGCGCAGCCCGACUUGUCCUGAGCUCACCUUUUUUAUCAAUGAGCCAGGCUUGUCCUGGUUUCACCUUUUUCUCAACGAGCCCGGCUUGUCCUGAUCUCACCUUUUACUCCACGAGCCUGGCUUGUUUCACCUUUUAUCAGUGGUGAUCACCAUCUCCAUCAGUCAAGCUGAUGUGCCAUUACCAGGAACGACUGGAUAAAUGAGAUUUAUGGUGCUGGUUUCACUUGUACAUAUCACUCCGUGCAGCUGAUCAAUCACCGGUCAUUAGGUGUUUGUCUGCUCCUUUUACUGUCUGUGUGUAGGUGACUCAGGGUUCCUCCUCAUGUAGAGGGUCAUUUCCUCUGCAGUCACCUGACUUCCACUGUGCUCUGUGCACUAAAAAGCAUCAACUCUGCUCAUAGAACACCCCUGUGUAUGAGAACACACCUGGAUUUUCCUCUCUAUUGUCCAUUUCUGUUGCCUUUUUUAAGUGCUACGACUAGUUUCUGGUUUUAUUAAGGGUGCGAGAGACUGUUGUGUUUGUUCUGCAUGCUCUUUGAUUGUCCAAAUACUGGGUGUCUUUUGUGACUUUUUCCAGCCAUACUUCUUUACAGCUUUCUGGAGAUCAUCCCAGCCUGUCUGGCAGUGCUUGUAAGUGUGACUGGAUCCUCCAUGGUGCUUUUUAGCCAGGACCAGAUGGAUGACUAGCUAGAAUUUGCUAGACAAUCCCUCUGUGGUGCUAGACUGGUGUAGGCGACUGUUCCUUUGCCACGCAUCCUGCGCCCACUACAAGCUGGUUCGCUGUACUUCAGACACAGUUUCUUAAAUGUUAGUGUGUGGGAAAACCAACCUUCUCACUUUGCAUCGCUGAAACAUCGGUGCCAAAUUUCCUUGUGCAAGUAGUCUAGGCAAAGGUGUGUGUGUGUGUAAGCCUUGCUCUCGUUUGAGGGAGUAAAGGUCAAGAGAUUGUCAACAUGACUAAACAGCUCUGAGGUGUAGGCCAGCCAGCUUGCUGCAGGACCGUAGGUGUAGCCUUGCCUCCUGCUGCUGCAGACGGUGUUGUUUGUGGGACUCAGCGAGAGACUGUUACUGGAGACAGACUGUUGUUUGCCUUCUAGGUUGGACUAUGCAGAAUAUGAGAUGUUAUGUGGCGUCUGUAUGGUAGUUUGUUAACAGAACUCAGAGCUGACCUGCUGCUUGAUAAGCCCUGCCUUAGAUAAGGAAGGAAUACAACACUUGGCUUGUUCAUAUCACACGGCACUUUGUCGCCGCUCUUCUCUCAGGUAACUUGACUAUAAUCCGGGCUUGUUAUUUGAACGGUGAUAAAGCAACAGGGUUAGAAGAAGAGAGGCGCGUAGAGAGAUCAGCAUAACAACCAAGUACAGUUUUAAUUGAGCCUUUCCCAGCUGGGUGAGCGAGUUCGUGUUCAACUCACGAGCCUCCAGCACCGUUCAGGGAACCCUGGGUUGGGAGUUCAAAGCUGACAAAUCAGGUCUCAUUACCAUCACAAGAAGCCCACCGGUAGUCGUCAUCAGCCAAUGACCUACAUUCUUCGGUGUUACAUCACCGCCGUGCUACUGCAGUGUGUGUCACUGUACCAGACAUCUCAGACUCAACCUACCACUAUCUAAUGGUGCUUCAGAAAGAAGAAAAAAAAAAAAACACAUCCUAGCCGAGGUGGCCAGUUUUAGGAAACACACUUGAACCAAGGCAGCCUCGCUUGUUUUAGCCAUAUCAGGAACUACAGUCAGGGACGGGCCCAAUCCGCCGGCCCAGUCUUAACUACCAACUUUUUUUUCUUUCUGAUUUCUACUGGUGUCUAAAUAGGUGACCAUGCCUAGCCUCUAGCCAUCCCUGAUCUUAACGGUAGAGAGGCGGAAAGACAGGGCUCACCAUUAAUAUAUAUAUUUGGGACUGUUAAACUAGACAGCCUGGAGAACGGGCGAGGACUCGAGGGAGGGGGUGAGGGGGAGAUCAUCUGGAAGAGGAGAGAGGAAGUGGUGGCGCGGGAGAGGGCGGAGGCGUUGGAGAGACAGAGAUUGGCGGAGUACAUUGUGUGGAGGAAGAGAGAGGGCUUCCAGGAGAAGAGAGGAGACAGAGAGAAGGGAGGAAAGAGUGCAGAGAAAGUGCCAGAAGUGAUCUGGAAGAGGAGAGAAGAAGAGGAGGAAGGGGACGCAGGGAGAGCGAGGGCCAUUCAGAGAGGACAUGAAAUCAUUUGGAGGAAGAGAGAGAGGGAGUGAAAGAGGAAUCCGUUGAGAGAUUUGAGAUGCACUUGAGAAGUAGGUGUUAAAGAAAGCGUGCUGCGUUGGAUACCAGCCAUACGUCAGUAAGCCUCCUCUCUCUUCUUUAGCAAUUUCUGGGCUUCAUUGAGCUCCGCAGGUGCUCACUGUACUAUCGACCAAUUGGAGCGGUGCAUCGCGUGUGUGUGUGUGUGUGUGUGUGUGGGUUGCUGCCGUGCUCGUGUGCGCGCCCCCCUUUGCGAUCCCCUCGUUGGCUGCUAAUAGGAUUUUUAUGGGCUCGCGUCAAGCAGGAUAGAGCUGCCAAGGGGAGCUGCUUCACACACGCACGCAUGUACGCACGCCAACACACACACAUACACGGAUAAUCUAAGAAGCAUUGUGAGUAGGGAAGGUUUUAUACUGCCUCACGCAUGUAAACACAUCACAUACACCCCUCAUUGCAGUAAGACACACAUGCUAGAGAGGGGUGGGGGGGGGGCGUUGAGAGACAAUCACUUGUGUUGAUUCUCCAUGGUGCUGUCGACAGCUGGAUAGCUGGCCCUCACUGAGAGGCGAUUAAGUAGGGACAAGAUCCUCACAGAUAUUGUUUUACAUUAUGGCAAAAACACCAAGAUGAACACUUUGUGCAGAGCUAAGACCUCGUCAUCAUCAGUCCAUGGGAACACAACGAACAUUGACGCAGAUCUAAAAAGUGAACUGAUGACAACAUGAUCUGCACUUGUGCACUAAAAGCAAACUUUGUUCAUCUGCAUUCUGCCAUUAACUGGGACACCCAACUUUUCCUCCGCGCCUUCCCUCAUCCCGCUUUCAUUGCGGGCGAAGCCGUUUUUAAAGCAGUUCGGUUUCUGCCGCCCGGUGAUGAGUGUGGAGAGGACAGACAACCAGACAGAUGGAUGCAGCUCUUACGCUGAGGGAGACAGACAGAUGGCUGCUUGUCCUUUUAGAGCAAAACUUUGAAUGCUGAGACAAAGAGACUUUGAUUGAAUCGCGUGGACUUGUGCGGAUACAAAAACUGACACUGCAGAUUCAUUAUGGAGCUUGUCCCAAAAACCAAGUACACCCACUUUCGGAGUGAAUCGCUCAGCUCGACUGAUGAAACAAACUCCAAUCCAUCAUCGUUCCCUCCUUCCAGUCCCGCCACCCCGCUCACUCCCUCCCCUGGUUUACCUUCUUCCUUCUCCUCCUCGUCUCUCACUCCCAUCCUGCCCCCCUCUUCUCCCCGCCCGGCUGAGAACAGCCCCACCACACUCUGCUCCUUCUUCCCCAGGAUGGGAUCCCUUCGCCUGGGCGUCUCCGCCAGUCUUCUCCCAGGACUCAAGGCCUCGAGCAGGCCGCAGCAGCCUCACGCGCCUGUUGAGUCCUCUGGGGACGACCGGAGCAGCUCCAGCUCCUCCCCUCCGUUUCACCACCCUAUUCCCCCUUUAACCGCUCCUUCUCCCCCUCCUCGACCUCCUCUGCAGGACAUGAACCGGCUGGGAGGGGCGUCCAGGAGGGCACGGGUGGAAGGAGGGCAGCUGGGAGGAGAUGAGUGGACGCGCCAUGGCUCCUUUGUCAACAAGCCCACCCGCGGCUGGCUGCACUCCGACAGUGUGGUCAGCACCGCCGGCGUUUCCUACAGUGUACGGUACAUGGGCUGCGUGGAGGUGCUGCAGUCGAUGCGGGCGCUGGACUUCAACACCAGAACUCAGGUCACCAGGGAGGCAAUCUCUGUGGUGUGCGAGGCCGUGCCCGGAGCCAAAGGAGCCCAGCGCAGGAGAAAGCCGUCCUCUCGCUGUAUGACGUCCAUCCUGGGGAAGAGUAACCUGCAGUUUGCCGGCAUGACAAUCAGCCUCACCAUCUCGACCAGCAGCCUCAACCUGCUGGCCGCCGACUGCAAACAGAUAAUCGCCAAUCAUCACAUGCAGUCCAUCUCCUUCGCCUCUGGAGGAGACCCAGAUACGGCUGAGUACGUAGCAUAUGUGGCCAAAGACCCAGUCAACCAGAGAGCAUGUCAUAUCCUGGAGUGUUCGGAGGGUUUAGCCCAGGAAGUCAUCAGCACCAUCGGCCAGGCCUUUGAACUGCGUUUCAAACAAUACCUAAAGAACCCCCCCAAGCUGGUCACACCUCAUGACAGGAUGGCUCCGUUUGACGGCUCUGCGUGGGAGGAAGAAGAUGAUGAGGCUGCUCCGCCUCCUGACGUCCCUUACUAUAAUAAUUUUCCUGGAAAACAGCCUCCCCCUGGUGGACUGGUUGACAUGAGGACCCGCCCAGGUGCCACGCUGCCUUAUGGACAGCCGGGUCAGAAUGACAUUCACAAGCAGCCUCUGCCGCCUCUACCAGCUGGUGCCAAAGACGUUGGACGAGAACUGUUUGAUGACCCUUCAUACGUCAAUGUGGACAAACCCCGCCCCCCAGUUGCAGCUAAUGGAAACGCUCACAGAGAUGCUUUUGACAUGAAGCCAUUUGAUGAUGCCCUGGGAGUCUCUGGGCACGGUGGCCCAAGCUCGGGGACGACGGCGCCCCCUCUGGUGCAGCAGUUGCAAUGCGAGUCCUGGUUCCACGGUAGCUUAAGUCGAAGGGAAGCAGAGAGGCUGCUGACCCGCGAUGGCGACUUCUUGGUGCGAGAAUCUGGGACCACGCCCGGACAGUACGUCCUCACGGGACAACAGGGGGGUCAGCCCAAACACCUGCUACUAGUCGAUCCAGAAGGAGUGGUCCGUACAAAAGACCAUCGGUUCGAAAGUGUGAGUCACCUGAUCAGUUACCACAUGGACAACAGACUCCCCAUCGUAUCAGCUGGUAGCGAAGUGUGUCUGCAACAGCCAGUAGAGCGCAGGGCCUGACGUCACAUACACCAAUGAAAUACUCCACCAAAUACACACACACUCCUGCAGCAAUUCAACACAAACAAACACACCUUCAUAAUACACACAGCAACACUACACUUAACACACACAUACUGUACAUAUGCAAUAAUACAAACAUAUGUUGCACACACCAUUGCGAAGAAAAGCCAAAAAAGAAAAAAAAAAUCACCAGUAAAAUCACUCUCGCUGCUGGUGCCACAUAUUCCUGUCCUUUCUGAAAGCCAAACUGUGACCUGCAGUCUUCGACCCCGCCCCCCCCCCCCCAACAACUAUCAGGCGCAUCCCUCCACAACGGAGAAGCACUGCUGCAAUUUCUCAACAGCCUACUGUGAACCAGGGAGGAGCCCUUUGCUAAUUUCCGAACAGGGCAGAAAACAAAUGCAAUGUUUUUUUUUUGUUUUUAAUGAAAAAAAAUGUUAACAUGCAAUUAUGAAAAAGAAAAAAACAGAACACUUUACUAAUACAUGGGAUCUUGUACAAAAAAAAAACAAAACAGCUGAAAAGAAAGGAGCAUAAAUGGGACAUUGAAUGAGAUUUUCAGUGCUUUUACGCAUGCGUUGUUUCAUUCAGGGAAACGAUUUCCCUCCUCAGACUGUUGCUGGAGCAUAUCAGGCAAACUGGAUGGUGAUGGUUGUUUGUUUCAGAGACUGACCCAGGCUCACACAUAAAGUGUCACUGGAGCACUUCAGCAGCAAACCUGACUUUGAAAAAAAAAAUUCUGCCUGGUGAAUAUGCAUAAAUGAGUUUGCUUCCAAUCCAAUCAGGAGGGCCACCCUGCCCCCCCCAACCACUCCCCUUUUAAGGACUUUUGAACUUUGACCCCCUGGAGUGAUACCUGGUGAUGAUGAAAGCCUGUAUGCAAAACUGGGGGACUGCCAUGCUAAUGUUCUUUUUUUUUUUUAUCUCCGUCUGUUAUCUUGGGACUCAUUACUUGUUGGACAUUCUGAGUUGAGGAGGAUCUAAACAGCUGUAUCUACCUAAUCCCUCCGUAAACACAGAUACACCUUUACACCACACACACACACACACACGGUCUGCACCAAAGAACCUGGUCGCUAACAGCAGAGAAAGCCAUGACGAUUAUCAGCAGUUUUUCUGUCUCGUGUGCUCACAGCAUUGGGAGCGAGUUUAGAUUUAGAGUGCAUAUUUAAAUGGGGCCUGUUUUAGAGGGGGCGAUUGUGCCUGAAUACAUCAUCAAAAAGGAGAUUUUUAAAGUAAAUUGUGCGCUGAUGUCACCCACGAACACAGAGAGGCAUUUGCUUUUCACUGACUACUUAGUAUGUGUUUGCACUGACAAUCUUAUGGGUUAUAUCUUUACGGAGGAUUCUGACUGAAAGCAAAGGAGAGUAGUUAAAAGAAGACCCCUUUAAACUUUGGCCAGUGAGAAAAUGAUGAACAGUCUAAGCAAUGAAUUCCCCUCUGCAAAAACAACGAUGCAAAAUAUGUCAUUGUAACUGGUAAUUUUUUGUGAAUCGUGAUGUUGCUUUAUUUUUUAAUCACUUGAGGGAAUAAUGUCCUUUUUAAGAAAAAUGAAGUGGUUUGGGGGUUAACUGAACAUAAGGACAUAAAUGUUUUUGGAGCAUUGUUAAUGUUAAGCCAAAUGUUGCUCCUCAGUGUGCUGUUUUUCACAAAUUUUUUUGGGGGGGAUCUGCGUGAGGAGAAGUUCACGCUAUUGUUUCUCCUUUCCUCCUCCCUCAGUUCAUUUUUUUAUAUAUAUAUAUUUUUAAUCGUGCCUUGUUUCUUCAAUGCAGUCACGUCACUUCAAUGCAGUCACCUUAUGUACUUAAUUCAAAUGUAGUGGACUACAGGAGAAUCUCACACAAGCCUCUCAGUAACAAACAAAGACUCUGCAAAAAUGACACACUCACAAACCGAUCCAGUGAUGGCAAUCUCUCCUCUGAUGCACAUUCUUGCAUUCAGCUUAUAGUCACAGAUACUUGAUGUCACCGUUGGGGCGGGGGGAUAUUUCCUGACCAUCUGUAAAUAACAUUGACUUUUUGACUGGUCAGCUUGGAUUCUUGUUUCAUAGUUGUAUCUUUAAUGACGUAUUUGAUUUGAUUUGAUGAUUUGAAGUAACGCAGACGCUGAGUAGCUCUUCUUAAAGCCAACUGAACUCGUCAAAGAGAUCGAGGACAAACUCUUGAAAUACGAGAAGGGAUCUUUCAACCUAAACCUUAACUGUAAACUAGUCCUCAGACCCCCGAAGUGGGCUCACAUGUAAUCUAACAUGCACACGCGCAUACCAGAGUGACAACUGGGUCAGUCAGACACGCUGCCUGUUCAGGUGUUUGUAGGUCAGAGAUAGGAAAAAAAACAAAGCUUUAAGAUCUGCCAUUACUGACCCAGCUGACCCUCUGCAUCAUUAGUGAACCGGUCCCGUGCUAUCAUCGCUCAUCACAGAUGCCUUUGUUGCAUGAAAAUCCUUUUUUCAAAAAAAAACACGUGUUGUUUGUUGUUGGUGGUGGUGAUUGUGUUGUUGAUGAUGCUGUUGUACUUUUUAAUUUGUGAAAGCCAAAGGUUACUUUCAAAUAGUGUGCACAGAUAUUGAUUUUUACUUUAUAUGUUUUAAUACUUUUUUUGUUUUUAGGGAAACAUUUCUGUUUACACCUGUAUCUGAAAAUAUAGAUUGCAUAUAUAAAUACAUAUAUCAUUCAUC